CUUCUCCUUGUCCUGAGCCUUUCUCUCUCUCAAUGCAAGAACUUUCAGCAAAACCAACACCAGGUUUCUGAAUUUCACUGAUCACCCCUUUCUGUCAAUCAUCAAUAUUAAUCAAUCAUCAUUUUAUGGUUUUUGGAUAUCAUAAGAGAUUGUGUAAAUGGCAUAUAAAGUGGAUCAUGAAUAUGAUUAUCUAUUCAAGAUUGUAUUGAUUGGAGAUUCGGGUGUGGGAAAAUCCAACAUUCUUUCGAGAUUUACGAGAAACGAGUUUUGCUUGGAGUCCAAGUCAACUAUUGGUGUUGAAUUUGCAACAAGGACUCUUCAGGUAGAAGGGAAGACAGUUAAGGCACAGAUAUGGGACACAGCCGGUCAAGAGAGGUACCGUGCCAUCACCAGUGCUUACUAUAGGGGUGCAGUCGGAGCGCUUUUGGUUUAUGACAUAACUAAGAGGCAAACCUUUGACAAUGUCCAGAGGUGGCUGCGUGAACUGAGAGACCAUGCAGAUUCAAACAUUGUCAUUAUGAUGGCUGGAAACAAGUCUGAUCUGAAUCAUCUUAGAGCAGUCUCAUCAGAAGAUGCAGAAAGCUUGGCUGAGAAGGAAAGUCUCUCGUUCCUCGAGACUUCAGCACUGGAAUCUUUCAAUAUUGAGAAAGCAUUCCAGACAGUUUUAUUGGAUAUUUACCACAUAAUCAGCAAAAAGGCAUUGGCAGCACAGGAAGCAGCUUCCACCACUGGCCUUCCUCAAGGCACUACCAUUAAUGUGUCCAAUCUGUCAGGAAAUGAAAACAAGAGAUCAGCUUGCUGUUCUACCUAGAAGGUAAAAUUUUUUCUGUACGAGAGGUAACAGAAAUGUUGCAUUGCCAGCCAAAUUUUGUGUCCCCUUGGGACAGACAUGAAAACCACAUGUUUUUAAGAUAUAUUCAUCUCAGGGCAAUGUAGAAACAGGUUUUUGCUUCAUAAGUACAAUAGAUUAAGAUGAAAAAUGAGGAUUUUAGCAGUCUCAGGUUCUGAUAUGGAAUCCGCAGAGGGUUUCAUGGGAAAUUACCUAGUAUAUUUUUUAAAUAUA